CAAUAUCUGUUUUCCCAGAAAAGUUUAAUUUUUUUUCUGUGUAUACAAAGUUUACAAUGAAUUGGAAUUGGAUGAAUGAGUUGCCACAACAUUUGAAAGACGCCCCAUUGAUGUCAUUGGCCAUACCAGGAAGCCACGAUUCGUGUGCCUUUAAUUUGAAUAAAAAUGGACCACUGGCCCCAGACGAGUCGAAAUAUUUCGAACCAUUUAAAGGUGUGGUGUAUAACUGGAGUAUCACGCAGGAGUUGCCGAUCAUGGAUCAGUUGAAUAUCGGCAUUCGUUAUUUUGACUUGAGGAUUGCCCCAAAACCUGAUAGCGAGGAUUUAUAUUUUGUUCAUGGUCUGUACGGUCCAGCAGUCCAGAGUGUCCUUGAAAAUAUUAAUCAGUUUCUAAACUACCACCCUUCAGAAGUUGUUAUAUUAGAUUUUAACCAUUUAUUAGAGUUCAAAGAUGAGGCUUGCCAUCGCAAACUUAUUGGAAUGAUUACGAGUAUUUUUGCCGGUAAACUAUGUCCUCGUCAACCCACCCUUGCCAAUGUUACACUCACCAACUUAAACAAUAAAUCACAGCAAGUGAUUGCUCUUUACAAAUAUCCUGUCCCAAAUAACCUGCUUUGGAACCAAUUAUAUAUAAAAUCUCCUUGGCUAAACAAACAAAACUCAACAGAAGUCAUAAAAUUACUUAAGGAGAAUAUCAAAAACAAACCAUCUGAUGUUCUGUAUGUCUCACAAGGCAUAUUGACUCCUGAUACAAUGACUAUAGUCGGUGGUUUGUGUAGCAACCUAUUAAACUGGGAAGCAGGCCUUAACCACAAAGUUAUGACUUGGUUAGACAGCAAACCAGAUGUAAACAUCAUUAUCAUUGAUGAUUGUAACCAAGAGUUUGCUGAUAAAGUUAUCGCAAUAAAUAAAUAAAUGAUGUUUUCUUAUUCCUGAUGUAAAUAUUUUUAAAACUUAUUUUGUACAACCAAAAAGUUCCUUUGUCAAUCCUUUUACUUUUAU